AUGGCUAAAAAAGGGAGUAACGUCGUCUUUGUAGCUAUAAUUGGUGAACAGCGUGAGCUUAUUGUGUCAAGGGCUUUCGGACGCGACGAUGAGGCCGCACUUCAACUUUCAGCGUACGCCGCCAUGGAUAUCGUCCAAGAGAAGAUGGUAAUACAACACUAUUCGACAAAGCAAGGGGAAACUUCUGAUCCAUAUCUCGGCUUCAUCACACCCACAUUGCUGGGUGAAGAAUUCCUCAAGGUACACGCAUACACUGCUGCUACUGGUUUCACCAUUAUCGCUAUUUUCGAUGAGCAGGAGGCCCCGCGAAACGCAAUCAAGCAGUUUUUUGAGAAGAUACACAUGCUAUUCUCGACGACUGUAUGUAACCCGUUGAUGUCAAUGCGUUUCCAUUACCCGCAAUUUAUAUCUGAAAUAGAUAGAAUUGCAGCAGCGUUCUAA